ACCAAAGACAUGGGCAAGAUGCUGGGCGGCGAGGAGGAGAAGGAUCCCGACGCGGCCAAGAAGGAGGAGGAGCGUCAGGAGGCGCUGAGGCAGCAGGAGGAGGAGCGCAAGGCCAAACACGCCCGCAUGGAGGCCGAGAGGGAGAAGGUCCGGCAGAGCAUCCGGGACAAGUACGGCCUGAAGAAGAAGGAGGAGAAGGAAGCGGAGGAGAAGGCGGCCAUGGAGCAGGCGUGCGAGGGUUCCCUGACGCGCCCCAAGAAGGCCAUCCCCAGAGGUUGUGGGGACGAUGAGGACGAGGACGACGAGAGCAUCCUGGACACCGUCCUCAAGUUCCUGCCUGGUCCUCUGCAGGACAUGUUCAAGAAGUAG